UCGGUUUUCUUCCGGUUUGAGUCCAGCUCAGGAGAAGGAAACAAAAUGCUGGGUGUCCAGGGAUGAUCAGCGACCAGUGACAGCCCUCUCAACCCGCCGGGCUCCUCUGCUCUCUCUGGACCUGAGGCCGGAGCCACUGACUCUCAACCAAACAUGCAGUUUCCGCCCACGAACGGAGACUUCACCUUCGUGUCCUCGACAGAGGCUGAAGAGCUGAGCGGCUCCAUCAGCGCUCCGGACGUCAAGCUGAACAUGAGCGGCGGCGGCGGCGGCGACGGCGGCAGAGACCCGUACGCCACCGCCUUCCUGAGGCAGCGCGGCUACGGCUGGCUGCUGGAGGUGGAGGAGGAGGACAGCGAGGACAGCAAGCCGCUGCUGGAGGAGCUGGACAUCGACCUGAAGGACAUCUACUACAAGAUCCGCUGCGUCCUGAUGCCGAUGCCGUCGCUGGGCUUCAACCGGCAGGUGGUGCGGGACAACCCGGACUUCUGGGGCCCGCUGGCCGUGGUGCUGCUCUUCUCCAUGAUCUCCAUCUACGGACAGUUCAGGGUGGUGUCGUGGAUCAUCACCAUCUGGAUCUUUGGUUCUUUAACCAUCUUCCUGCUCGCCCGGGUUCUGGGUGGAGAGGUUUCUUACGGACAGGUUCUGGGGGUGAUCGGAUACUCCCUCCUCCCUCUGAUCGUCAUCGCCCCCCUGCUGCUGGUGAUCCGGGGCUUCGAGGUGGUUUCCACGCUGGCCAAACUGUCGGGGGUGUUCUGGGCGGCGUACAGCGCCGCCUCGCUGCUGGUCGGAGACGAGUUCAAGACCAAGAAGCCGCUGCUCAUUUACCCCAUCUUCCUGCUGUACAUCUACUUCCUGUCGCUCUAUACCGGAGUGUGACCUGGACCUUUGAACUCUGACCCUGGAGCCUGGGAGCCGCAGGGUUCUCGCUCUCUCUCUUUUUUUAAAGGAAGGUGUUUGUUUGUUUCUUUUUUAAGCGGGUCUCCUGGACGGGGACGUUGGGACGUCUCUCUCUGUAUAUAGCUCUGUCCUCCGUGUCUCUGGUCAAUAAAACGCUUGAGCAGCUUCCUGCA